GUUUUGUUUGUUUAUCAGGAAACGAAGAUGACCAAACAAGCCCUAUCUCCCCCACACGAUCAAGACAAAAACAAUUAGUUCCAAAAACUGAGGCAUUGAAUCUUUAAUUAGUUGAUCGCUUCGCUCUCUCUCUCUGUUCACAUAUCUCCUCCCCAAAGAGAGAAGAAGAUGGCGACGACACUAGAUGUAUCAAGAGCGGAGCUAGCUCUUGUGGUUAUGUAUUUGAACAAAGCUGAGGCUAGGGAUAAGUUAUGCAGAGCUAUACAGUAUGGUUCCAAGUUCUUGAGUGGUGGACAACCUGGUACUGCUCAAAAUGUUGACAAAUCUACCAGCUUAGCCAGAAAAGUCUUCCGUCUUUUCAAGUUUGUAAAUGACUUGCAUGGUCUUAUCAGUCCUGUGCCUAAAGGGACUCCUCUUCCUCUUGUUUUACUUGGAAAGUCUAAGAACGCACUGUUAUCUACGUUCUUGUUCCUGGAUCAAAUUGUCUGGCUUGGGAGAUCAGGAAUAUAUAAGAACAAAGAACGUGCUGAGUUGCUUGGACGUAUAUCUCUUUUCUGCUGGAUGGGAUCGUCUGUGUGUACAACUUUAGUCGAGAUUGGUGAGAUUGGAAGGCUUUCUUCAUCAAUGAAGAAGAUUGAAAAAGGACUCAAGAAUGGUGGUAACAAGUAUCAAGAUGAGGAGUAUCGUGCUAAGCUUAAAAAAUCAAACGAGAGGUCACUUGCUUUGAUCAAAGCAGCUAUGGACAUUGUUGUAGCAGCUGGUUUGCUUCAGUUGGCUCCAAAGAAGAUCACUCCUCGUGUCACCGGAGCUUUUGGAUUUGUCACCUCCGCAAUUUCUUGUUACCAGUUGCUUCCGACUCGCCCCAAGAUCAAAACACCCUGAAGUCGAUCGAGGAAGCUGGUGUUAAGGAGAAACUCAUUUCAGAAAGUUUAUGGUGGUCUUUUUUAAGGAAAUUUGCUGCUGUUACUAGUUCGUAUAAAUACCAUACAUAUAUGCAGGAAGGAUGUUUUUAAUAAAUAUGUUUAUGCCUCAGAUUCUUGAUACACAAGUUUCAAUAUUGAAUUAUUGUUAGAUGUUGGUUUUAUUAAGCAAA